AUGUCGCUCCACGACGACCCUGCCAGUUUCCCUCCGGGUACACAUCUGCUCGGUAACACACAAGCUGGGACAGACAAGAAGGACAUCGUUCUUACCCCAGCCCCCUCUGCCGAUCCCGAUGACCCAUUGAACUGGUCCGGUCUCAGGAAAGGAAUCAACUUCGGCCUCUGCUGCACAUAUGUCCUUUUCACCUUCGUUCUACUGGAUAUCAGUUCCGUCGCAUACCUCUACUACGAAUACGAAUUGAAAUUGACCUACGCAAACCUCAACCAAACCAGUGGUGCCGGAUACGCAGGUCUCGCAAUAGGAUGUCUCUUUUUCAUUCCCUGCGUGCACAAAUUUGGUCGCCGCCCUCUAUAUCUCAUCAGUGCCAUCGUGCAAUUUGCCUGUGCAAUCUGGUACGCCAAAUUCACCACGGCCGGUGAAAUGGUCGCCAUCUCCUUGCUAGCAGGUCUAGCAGGCUCAAUCAGUGAGGCAAUCGUAAUGAUUACCGUCGUUGAUUUGUUCUUCGUGCACCAGCACGCGCGAAUGAACGGUAUCUUCAUCUUCAUGCAGAGUCUGGGUACCCUAGGUGGUCCCAUUGCUGCAGGAUACAUUGUCGUGAACAAGGACCUCGGCUGGAGAUGGAUGUGGUGGUUCAUCGCCAUCUUCCUCGGAGUGAACUUUCUGUGUGUAUUGUUCUUCUUCGAGGAAUCGAAGUACGUUCCUCGUGGUGUAUCAGCAGUCAAGCGCCAGAUUGAGAGCAAGGGUAACUUCUACGAUGGUAAUGGGACUGCAUCUCAGAAUGGAGAGAAAUCCGAUGGUAGCGAUGAGGCACAAUCUCCCGCAUAUAUGGAGUCACAAGCUCUACCUCGCAAAUCGUACCGUGAGCGUAUGGCAUUGAUUACGAAGACCGAUGUCCCCAUUCUUCAGAACUUCUAUCGCCCUCUUAUUGUCGCCGUUGUUUUCCCUGCUGUUACCUUUGCUGCGAUCCAGUACGGUUUGAUCUUAGCCUGGUUCUCGGCUACAGUGUCGGCGGGUUCGAACUUCCUGAUUUACCCUCCAUAUAACUUCAAGGCGAAUGAAAUUGGUCUGUUCAACAUUGGAGGAUUUAUUGGUACCCUCCUCGCUGCGUGCACGGCGCCUUUCCUGAACGAUUGGCUCGUUGUGUUCCUGUCUCGACGAAACAAGGGUGUAUUUGAGCCUGAAAUGCGUCUGUGGUUCCUUUUCCCUGCCAUCAUAUUCAACUCAGUGGGUUCCUGGGUCUUUGGUAUUGGCCUCGCUAAGGGUUGGUACUGGGUUAUCCUUGCCGUUGGCAAUGGAAUCUUCGGCUUCGGAUUCAUGAUUACUGCAGAUGUAGCUCUGACAUACCUCACAGACUGCUAUCCUCUGAUUCUCAACGACGCCCUUAUCUCUGUUGUUUUCGUCCGUAACGGCUUUGCAAUGAUCAUCAAGUUUGCAUUCACCCCCUGGCUCAAGGGAAUGGGUAUCCAGAACACAUUCGUUCUCAUUGGAGUGAUCUCUCUUGUGACCAUCGUCAUGCCGGCCCUGCUCAUGAUCUUCGGCAAGCGGGCUAGAAUUAGCACUGCAGCCAAGUAUCAGGAGUUUGCUGCUCGCCAGCAAGUUCAGAGGCCGGACCUGCAACCAGCUCAUUAG